GAAGUGAAAAUAUAGGCAGAAAGACCAUCCCUAAGGCCUCUGUUUCUUCCAAAUAGACAUUUAAUAAUUUCUAUAAGUGAUGGGUUUUCGUUUGAGCCAUUUGAGCCUUGCGGUGAGCCUUGUGGCACUUGCACUUGCAGGUGUUGCCAUUUAUAGAAAUACUUAUGAAGCCAUGGUCAUGAAUAACGGAUCACUCCUCCAAAAUAUCUCUCCAGAUAUCGAUUUGUUGGAAUCAAGCGAAAUCAGUAUUUUAACUUUAAACGAUAAGAAGAAAAAUUCAGACGAAUAUUUGAGUCAGCAAUUAACUCAGGAGUCAUGCGUUUUCUCAGCUGUGAAAGGAAUUGUGGACAGUGCCAUUGAUAAUGAAACGCGCAUGGGAGCUUCUCUCAUUCGUCUACAUUUCCACGACUGCUUUGUUGAUGGUUGUGAUGGAGGUAUUCUGCUAGAUGAUAUUAAUGGAACAUUCACCGGGGAACAAAACUCACCACCCAACAACAACUCAGUCAGAGGCUUUGAAGUGAUAGCACAAGCUAAACAAAGUGUUGUAGAUUCAUGCCCCAACAUAUCUGUAUCUUGUGCUGACAUUUUAGCUAUUGCUGCUCGUGAUUCUCUUGCUAAAUUAGGAGGACAAACUUAUACCGUUGCACUAGGGAGAAGCGAUGCUACAACAGCCAACUUUAGUGGUGCUAUAAAUCAACUUCCAGCUCCAUCCGACAACCUAACUGUUCAAAUACAGAAAUUCAGCGACAAAAAUUUCACUGUCCGUGAAAUGGUGGCACUAGCUGGCGCGCACACGGUAGGUUUCGCCAGGUGUGCCACCGUGUGUGUUAGCACCAACGUUAAUCCUGCCGCACAACUCCAAUGCAACUGCUCCGCCACGCUAACUGAUUCUGAUUUGCAACAAUUGGAUACAACUCCUGCUGUGUUCGACAAAGUUUACUAUGAUAACUUAAACAACAACCAGGGGAUAAUGUUCUCCGAUCAAGUUUUGACUGGGAAUACUACAACUGCUGGUUUUGUAACCACUUAUAGCAACAAUAUUACUGUUUUUCUUGAAGAUUUUGCUGCUGCUAUGAUCAAAAUGGGGAACCUACCUCCCUCCGCUGGCGCUCAAUUGGAAAUCCGCGAUGUUUGUAGCAGGGUUAAUCCCACUUCUGUGGCUUCUAUGUGAAAAAUUCGGAAAUUUUAAAUAGCUUUUAUCUUACUAUUUGUCGCGUUUUCAUUUUUUUCAGUAUUGAUGCAAUAAUAUAUAUGUCCCUAUGUUCGCAGUG